AUGCUUCGGCUUUUUCUUCAACCAAGGCACAUAGCCAGAAAUUUUGCUGUUUCGGCGCCAAAACUAAAGGAAAACAACAAGAAGAACCUAAAGAAACUUGGUGGACUUCUCCACAAGGGAAAAGUGGGAGAGGACAAUGAAACUGCAUCUCGACCUACUACAGACUUGGACUUAGACUCUGACAACAAGCAAUCGCCUCAGCCACCGCAUGAACUGGCGCUAGAUUUGGCCGUCAAGGAAAAUAUUGACGAUCUUGAGGAUGCCUUCGAGAAGGUGGCGUUCAUGACCAAGGAUGACGUGGCUAUCCAAGAGAACUUUGACCAAGGCAACCAGUUUGGAAGCUUUGCCUCUGAGCACUUCCUAGACCGUAAAGCACUCCUCCGGAGUCUUCCAGAUGAAAUAGACAUAAUCGAUACCCCAUGGGAGGAAAUAGAUCGGGUAUAUAAACUGCUAAAGAAACUUGAUGAGGACAAGUCGGUGCAUCUGAGAUAUGUUCGAAAGUUUGGCAUUGAUCCUAACGACCUCAUCACCAGAUUGCGUAUGGGAAAUAAUCUCGAGGAUAUGUGCAAGGCAGGACGUCGUGGCGAGCGCUACGAGAUGCCCAAGGGCUUAGAGAGGGUGUUCAAGAGAUUGUAUCAGUACAAUGUGGUGGGGUUUGACCGUAGCAUAGUGGGAGUCCCCAUGCGGGGCGGCAAGGGCGACAAGCGGGCCAAGGAUGAUAUGGAGACAUUGUUCCCGGUGGAAAUGAUCAAUGAUAUGCGUCCGUUCGACACGAAAGUGCCUGUGCACAAGGUGGAUGUGAACUUCCUAGAUGAUGACCAGCUAAAAGAAAGCAUUCUGCCUUACGACCCUAAGCCGAUUCCCCCGGAAGAUCUUCUCCGUGAUGUUGGGAAACCCAUCUUUAUGGACAAUAUCGACAACUAUCGAAAAGUGGGCCACCAUCUGGUGAAGUUCUUAGAAAGGGUGGAAAGGGAGACUUUAUCACUUAAGGAUCUGCUCUACUUGGAGAUAGCGAGAAAAAUCAUCCCCACAGGCGUUGAUGUGCUCAAUUCUAAUGCCCCUAAGUUGAGAACAAGUGAAUAUGUCAUUGCAUCCAAAGACCACGAUGCCACACCGUCAUCCGGCCCAACCACCAGUUACCGAUUCAAAAAUUUCGACCUCAUUCCCAUCUACGGUAUGGUUCUUGCUACUUCAAAGCAUCAGAAUAACCUUUAUAAGCAUUUAUUCAAGGUGAUCUUGAUCAACUUGGAGGAGCACAUCGAUGUCUUGACCCGAAUCAAGUAUACUCUGGCAGACGAAUCAAGGGCCUUUAUGCGCAAACUUUACGGUAAAAUUCACCGUAUAGUUUCUACGAAAUUGAUGCCGAUGGCAACCGAACAUAGACUUCGGGUGCCACCAAAGUAUCAUGCUGUUUUGCACAAGCAUAUUCUCUCACUGAAUUUCCUGAGGAUCUGCUGGAUCCGGAAACCAUUUAUGGGAUUAAGACUUGAGCGGAAAAAUUUUUCCAAGAACGUGCGCAGAAAGGCCCAAGGACUCAAUGUCUUGAUUUUGAAUCCUACGAAUUUACUUAACUGA